AUGAGCCGGCGCUAUCAAAAAUGGGAUGCCAAGAAAUUGACAAUGAAAAAGCUCAUCUAUUAUGAUAGCGAUCUAGCACCGAGAUUUGAUGAUGAUGACGACGAUGGAAAGGAACUCGAUCCACGUCUCUACAAAGUGCAGGGACGAAGCACUGGUGGUGGAUAUGGGCGAGGUGGAAGAGGUUCGGGAAAAGGUAGUGGAAGAGAUCGCGUACCGAUAAAAAUUCAUCUUGAUAACAGACGUGAUAGGCAAUUACAACGUGGUGCCGGUGGUAGUGCGACCACUACUGCAGUUGUUAUGAAUCAGAUCAAGGUCGUAAGAGGUGCUACAAUUGGAAAGGAUUUUAUUAUGCGAUCAAUCGAGCAAUAUGUCGACGAUGUAAAACCUUUACUAUUCAGAGUGGAUCGAGGCGAUAUAACAUUUUUCGUUGAAGAUGACGAUACAGCUGCGGCAAUCCAUGCAAUAUCAAGGCGUGUUCGGGAUCCGAAUACAAAUGCGCCAAUUACUUUUCUGUUAUCACGUGUAUCAGCUGGUUUUGCCACAAUAUCAAUGAAUGAAAGAGAUCUCAUUGCGGAAUGUCUGAAGAAACGCUAUAACGCGAAAACACAUGCUCUUGAUUUGAGUGAGUUCGGUUUAGAUGAACUGUUCCGUUUGAGAAGUUUGCAUCUUUCUUUAACUCGUAACAGUAUUAUGAUGGCUGUUGUUGAUUUGAUCGAUCAACACUAUGGAGGUGUAACUGCUUUAAGCAUGAAGGGAAAUCGCCUUCGCUUCUUGGAUUUCUUUGCAUGUCUUCUUUAUCGCAUCAAAAAUGUAAAAACGUUGGAUUUAUCGGCUAAUCAGAUCGACAAGGAGUUGGAAUUGGAUAAACUGAAAGGAUGGCCAAUUGAGACAUUAUUUUUCGAAAACAAUCCUUUGUGUGGUUCGUAUUCGUCAGCAGAAGCUUAUUUAAGUGCUAUUCAUCGUGUCUUCCCGAAGGUGACCAUGCUGGAUGGUAUACCAGUCCAACGAUCUGCUUCCUGUGCGGUACCAGAUUUGGAUGAAAAUGCUAAGCUACCUCUGUUCAAGCCAAGCUUUUAUGGCACCGAUGAUUACCGCGCUCUUAUCGAAGCAUUCAUUUUCGAAUUUAUGGUUGCAUAUGACGAUCCAGAUGUUAAUAACAGGAAAAAUCUGAUUAAUGCUUACGACGAAAAUGCUACAUUUACAGUGUGUGCGGAAAAUUUGACGGAUGCAAAUGAAAGAAAGCCUUAUUUCAACCCGAGUAUAUAUAGUACGUAUCGUAAAACAUCGCACAAUAUCAAAUGUAUGGAAAGAUGGGAACGUUUUCGAGAAAAAGUAAUAUAUAAAGGAGCUAUGGAUAUCAUUGUUGCUUUACGGAAACUUCCAGCUACCAAACAUUUGAUGGAUACAUUUCUGGUUGAUGUUUCUUUAAUAACUGACAAACAUAUGUGUUUCGCCGUGGAAGGUUUCUUCCGUGAUGGUUUGGAAAAAGUUGGAGAUGACGAUGAACUCAGAUUUUUUUGUCGUAAUUUUGUUGUUGUGAACAAAGGUAACGGGAAAAUAGCAGUUGUCAACGAUAUGCUGUUUGUCAGUGGAGUAUUUUUGGAACGGAUACAACGUUAUAAAUCGAUGAUUACGAAUUCCUUAAAGGUACCAGCAGAUGCUGCAGUUGCAACAACAGAUGCGAUGGGUGGAAUGUCCAUAGCAGAUAGUAUUCAGAGUCCCGCUGCAUCAGUUCCUCAGCAACUGACACCAACUGAGCGUGCUGCUGCAGGCGAUCAGCAAAUGCAACAACAAAUGGUUGAAGCAUUUUGUCAAGAAAGUAGAAUGAAGCCGGAGUGGUCUAAGAAAUGUUUGAUUGAUCAAAAUUGGAAUUACGAGGCUGCAGGGCAAGCAUUUUUGGCUGUACGUGACAGGAUUCCGGCUGAAGCUUUCCAAUAG